GCUAAACUAACAACACUGUUGACAAGGCAACGUAAAAAAAUCGUAAAAAUUUCUAUCACAGCAAUAAAAAUAAACAAAUAUUGGCCUUCCUAAAAAUAUACACAUUGAAAAAUAAUAUAAAUUAUAAUUAAAUUAAUCAAACAAUGACUUCUCGCAAACGCAGCGGCAGCGGUUCCUCGAAACGACCCAAAGAAAAAGUUGUUUAUAUUUAUGAACUUUUCUUUCGUGGCGAAGAUCCCACACAAGAGAGUCCUGAGUUUUGGAAUGAAUUCUUUUUGCUGCAGCCGAAUGUUGAGUCUCUGGAGGGUGAAGUCACCAAGUUGACAAGUGAACAGUUUACGGUGGUUAAGAAGAAUCUAAAUAUGAUUUUUCAAAAAUGUAUAGAAAUUUUGGAUACAGAUCAUCCUAAACGUUUGUGCAAUAGUUUGCAGACAUUGUGUUCUUUGUUCUUUGCCAUAUUUAAGAAAUCCACAGCAGAUAAUACAUAUGACAUACUCAAUGAGAUCUUUGGCUAUGAGCAUAUGGACAAAUGGAUGAAACAAUUAAUGGACCAUUGUAAUCGAAUAUUGUUGAGCGACGUCACGGAAAAUGCCAGAUUUAUGUGCUUAAAAUUACUAUUGGUUCUAGUAACUGGUACAGAUAAUGUUAGCCAAAAUGUCUUGUUGGAAUAUCUUAUGAUGAAUACAUUAUUUGAUGCUUUUGUAAGAUUACUAAGUGAUCCAACAUUAAGAGCUCAACAUGGCCAUGAUAUAGUUAUUUUACUAACAAUUUUGGUAAAUUAUCGCAAGCAUGAGGCCACAAAUCCUUACAUAGUGCAGCUAUCAAUAUUGGCCGAUGAGUUGGCUUUAAAUGGCUAUGGUCAAAUGAUUAGUCAAUCACUCAUUGACUUUUGCCGCCAAUACAUGCAAAGCUUGAAUAAUGCCCAAUCAUCCUCUUGGUUUUCCUCAUUAUCGAAUAUAGUGGGUAAUAUGUUUGUUUCGGAUGAAGGCUGUGAAAGAGUGCAACAGAUUAAGGCCAAUAAUGGUUUACUGUUGGCUUUAUAUGAAGCCGUACAUUUGAAUCGCAACUUUAUAACAACUUUGGCUCAUACACAAGCCGAAACUAGUGCACCACCCUCACCUAGCAAUACCUUAAGUUUAACACAACCAGUGCCUGAUUUAGCCAAUGCUCCCAUCAUUGAUAUGACACAAUAUCCUACCAAUUUAUUGGUGGCGGUAUUUCAAUAUUGUUCUAUUGUCAUGCAGGACAAUAAAAAUGAGUCCAGUGUGGCCAAUCUUAAACUAUGCUUCUUAAUUCUCACCUGCAUUUCCGAAGAUCAGUAUGCCAACUCCAUGAUGCACGAUAGCAAUUUAACCUUUAAAGUUAUGUUACAUCGUGCCCAAAUGCGUCAUCGCAAAUUGAACGUUGAUCGUGUAGGCAAAUCUCAACCAUUGGCUGCCACUUUAUUGGAUUUGCUAGUGGAAUUUAUUGUUUCUCAUUUAAUGAAAAAAUUUCCCAUGGAAUUGUAUUUAUUGUGUGUGGGUGUUAUACAUCGUAUACUGUGUUAUCAGAAACGUUGUCGGGUGCGUUUGAACUAUCCCUGGAAGGAGUUGUGGUCGGCCUUGAUUGGUUUGCUGCGGUUUUUGGUUAAUCAGGAGCAGACUUUGGUGAAGAAAUGCAAUAUCUUUUAUUUGUCAUUGCAGGUCGUCAAUAUAUUCAAUUUAUUUAUUACCUAUGGUGAUACAUUUUUGGCCACCACCAAUAGCUAUGAUGAACUCUAUUACGAACUAAAUCGAGAGGAAAAAGUCUUUACCGAAUUGCAUGCAAUGGUACUUCGUUAUACCACAAUGCCCGAUUGUGAGUACAAAGAUGAUGUCAUUAAACUACUAAAUGCCUUAGUCAACAUUUUGGCCAUUGUUAAACAUUUUCAAAAUAAAAUCAAAGAAUGGCUGGCCGAACAGGGCCUAUCCACACCCACAGAAGAACAAAUCCUCGAAGUGGUGCGAAAAAAUUAUGACUUAACAUUGAAAUUGCAGGAUUCCCUAGAUCAUUAUGAACGUUAUGCUGAAGCUCCAAGACACACAGCGUUUUUCAAGAAUAUGGUACGUGAUGUGGUUGCUGAUACACGUAAGCAAAUCUAUGGCUAUGUUAAGGAGGCUGUUUCAACCAUUCCAGAACCAGACAAUGCUAUGAUUACUUCAACUUCUUCUAAUACUUAAGUACAUCUGUUUUUUUUUUAAAGAAAAGUAACAAAUUCUUUUAUUUUUCUUCAUAUGUUUUCUAUAACAAUUAUUAUUAUUAUAAUUUUUAGCUACAUAAAUUGUGUAAUAUGACUGUUGAUUAUAUAAAUUGAUUUAAAUUUAAAAACAAAUUCUAAAAAAAUUAGGAACAAACUAUUUGCAUUAUUAUAUAUUUAACGAAUAAAAAGUAUCAAUGAAAUUGUGUUUAAUCUAAAGCUGUAUAUUUAUCUUUAUAUAAAAGCAAAAAAAAAACGUAUUUAUGAAACAUUAAAACAUAUUUUUAAUAUUAUUAUAUUAAUACAAAUUGAA